AUGGUCCCUGCCGCUUCCACCAGCAGUGAGGAGAGUACCCUCCUCAUCGCCGCCAGCAGCAUUUUCCAAGGAGCCAUCGUGGGGAACUCCGUGAGCACAUGGGAGCUCUCCUGCCCCUCCUGGGGUGUUGGAGCUGACCUGGGAAGGACCCAAGCCAGUCCCAUUGGGCAGCUCUGCUCUGGGGUUUCGUGGUCACUUCCGCAGCCUGGCCUGGCACUGGACGGUGAGGAAGGAGUGGGCCGGGCCUGGUGUGGAAGCCUGAUGUCCUGGGUGGGGCUGGCGGUUGGCACUCAGCACCAGGCCGAGCAGGCGGCCCUGUUGUGGGCCUGUACCCAGAUAAGCUGUUUCUCCCCAAGUUCCUUCUCCUGGCGUCAGGCUGCCUUCGUGGAUUCUUACUGUUGGGCUGCCGUUCAGCAGAAGGACUCCUUGCAGGGCGAUUCCGGACACCUUCCUCUGUGGCUGCAUAAGUUUUUCCCCUACAUCCUGCUCCUGGUCGCCAUCCUCCUGUACCUGCCCGCCCUGUUCUGGCGUUUUGCAGCAGCUCCUCAUCUUUGCUCAGAUUUGAAGUUUAUCAUGGAAGAACUUGACAAAGUAUACAACCGCUCCAUUAAAGCCGCAAAGAGCGUGUGUGAUCAGGACAUGAGAGACGGUCCCGGCCCCGUUCCAGGUGUUAAUGAGAACACAGGACAAAGUUUGUGGGAGAUAUCUGAAAGCCACUUCAAGUACCCAAUUGUGGAGCAGUACUUGAAGACGAAGAAACACUGUAACAAUUUGAUCGUCAAGUACGUCAGCUGCCGGUUGCUGACCCUCAGCAUAAUACUGUUAGCGUGCAUCUACCUGGGCUAUUACUUCAGCCUCUCCUCCCUCUCAGAUGAGUUUGUGUGCAGCAUCAAGUCGGGGAUCCUGAGAAAUGACACCACCAUCCCCGAGCGGUUUCAGUGCAAGCUCAUCGCCGUCGGCAUCUUCCAGCUGCUCAGCUUUAUCAACCUCAUGGUGUACAUCCUGUUGGCUCCCGUGGUUGUCUACACGCUCUGUGUUCCGUCCCGACAGAAGACGGACAUUCUCAAAGUGUACGAAAUCCUGCCCACUUUCGAAGUCCUGCGUUUCAAGUCUGAAGGGUACAAUGACCUGAGUCUCUACAAUCUUUUCCUGGAGGAGAACAUAAGUGAGCUCAAGUCCUACAAGUGUCUGAAGGUGCUGGAGAACAUCAAAAGCAGCAGCCAGGGUGUCGACCCAAUGCUUCUCCUCACGAACCUUGGCCUGAUCAAGAUGGACGUUGUCGACGGCAGAGGACCCGAGACUGUGGAGAUGAUGGCACAGGAGGAGGAAGACCCGACAGCAGAGCUCAAAGAUUUGAAUGCACCCAGUGAAACUAAAGCAAGCAAUGGAGGGAAGGAUGCUCGGCAGAGGCUUCUGGAUUCUUCUUGCUGA